AACCAUGGAGAGAGUCAUAGUUAACCUCAAAGAUGACAAAGGCACUGUCCAACUAUGUGUAAGCAGAGAUACUGCAGACAAAUUGGCAACUGAUAACCAGUACGCCUCUAACAUACUGGAGCAAAUAAGAGCUGCAGAAGACUUUCAAGUAAACCCACAAUCUAUCAGCCCUGUCAUCCAACUGCCUGUCCUCCCCACUCCUCAACCUCCAACUUUCACCCAGAGUCACACUCCCCAGCCCAAAGUUUCCUCCACCCCUAGUCACAUUCAAACCAAGCCAACUGCUACAUUCACCAGGUGCUCCACUCCUAUUCCUCAGCCCCAAGUUUCCACCACUCCCAGUCACAGUCAAACCCAACCAGCAGCUACAGUCACCUGGUGCCCCACUCCUGAAACAAACAUUUUAUCACACUCAUCCCCUUCAGACAGCCUGUUCCCAGUUUCAUCCUCACAGCCAGAAUGCCAUGAAACCCAGACAGAAUUCCAACACAACACAACACUAUUACUGCUUGAGCUGACCAGGACAUAUCAACACCUGUACAACCGGAACAAAAUAUCCUUUUACAAGAAGCUGGAAGAAGCCUUUAGUGCAAAAGGAUAUUCCUUCACAAACGACAAAAUCAGGAGAAAACUCGGUAACAUGCUGACAACUUACUAAAGGGCUACAGACAGGUCUCGGACAACAGGAGAGGGCAAAAUCACCUGGGAAUAUUACUCGCAAAUGCAUGAAAUAUUUAGUGACUCCAGGGUCGGGAGUGUGCCACCAGGCACCAUCACUUCAACACCACUCUUUCCAAGUCAGACCUCAUCUGAACUCAGUCGGUCAACUCUUGAACGUGACACAGACGAUCAACAGCCUGGCCCAUCAACUGCCACGCAGACAACACAUCCAUCUGCCAAAAAAAGAGGCAAAGCUAAAUCCUCAUUUCAGGACACUUACGAGUCCCAUGCUGAGCGGAGGAUGGCUGCUCUGGAGUCACUCGUGAGGCCAGAAUUGGCAAGAUGGAGGAGACUAAAGGAGAGAAGAAGAAAUUAUGAGAAAAAAAUUAUCUCAUGUAUGGGACAAAUACUUACCCAAUUAAAAGACAUUGGAAGGCAGCAAGAACAAAUUAUUGACUUACUAAAAGAAAGCAAUACGAAAUAAAAAUGUUGAAUGAAA